UGGGGGGGAGCACCCAACCACCCCCUCUCACCUCUCUGUCCCCAGGGAACCUGCUGGAGCAGAAGAAAUACCUGAACCGGCGCCUCAUCCGCGUGUCCUCCAGGCAGGCAAAUGAGUCCUGGCAGACCGAAGAGGACUUGGUGGCUGCUACCGAAAACCUGGAGACGCUGCAGCUGCAGCCCCGUGGUGGCCCGGGGACACAGCAGGACCCACCUGGGAACCUGGGGACGCAGCAAGUGAUGGCCACGAGCCCAGGGACCCUGCAGGCCACGAGCCCGGGGACGCUGCAGCCCACGAGCCCCGGGACGCUGCAGGUGGUGGCCAUGAACCCGGGGACGCUGCAGGCGGGGUCCCAAGGCUCGGAGCCGUCCCGGCCGCUGCAGGUGGGAUCGGGGGUCUCGGAGCUGCUGCAGCCAAGGAUUGGGGACCUGCAGGCACAGGUGGUGCUGCAGCUGGUCCCCGAGGGACAGGGGACGGUGCAGGUGGGAUCGGGGGGCGUGGGGACGCUGCACGUGCUGCCCGAGGGGCUGGGGAUGGUGCAGCCGGGGGCAGGGGACGUGGGGAUGGUGCAGCCAGUGGCAGGGGACGUGGGGAUGGUGCAGCCGGGGGCAGGGGAGCCACUGCUGGUCCCCGAGGGGCAGGGGACGCUGCCACUGGAGCUGAGGGACGUGGAGCCACUGCCCGAGAGCCUGGACAUGGAGGAGCUCCUGCAGUCGCUGGCGGAGGGGUCGGGGACACUGGAGACGCUGGAGGCGCCGGAGCUGAUGCCCGAGAUGGCAGAAUCCGUGGAUUCGGGGCUGGUCCCCGGGCUGGCGAUCACCGGGGCCUUCUAA